AUGGACGCCUCAACUCCCAAGGCGAUUCUAACAUCCGAUAACUUCCCCCAUGCACUAGAGAUCUCGCGGGCCACCUCACCAGGUGGUGAGCCCGCCGCGCUCAACGGCGAAGGCGAGCCAAAAGCUCGCGUCCGACCGCGCACCUACCCAUAUUUCUCAUAUCUCCCAUACCAGCUUGAAGAUGAGACAGAACGGGAUCGAACUCUCCGGGAAAUUCUGAAUCAUCUCUAUGUCUCGGUGGAGGCUGGGGACUUCAGUCCCGGGGCUGUCCACUGGACACGCGAGCUCAGAGGAUGGCUAUCGCUCAAGUUUGACCCAACCAAGACGGAAAGAAUCAAUCUUGUGAAGCUUUAUUAUGAACUCGCUUUGGCUCCCGGAAUCGAUCCAAAUGUAGCAGAGCGGUUUUCUAGCAUGUUUAUGCUUCUCACAAAGCGCAAGCAUUAUUUGAGACCCGUCAAGGACCUAGUCUUGGACUGGAAGCCUCUCUACAAGGAGCUGAAGGCCUUUGUCCUCCCCACCGAGUCCGGUCUCGUUCACUCGACUAACCUGAAGCGAAACGUCAAGACAUUGACCAAGCUUUGCGCAUUUGCUCAGCUGUUUAUCGACCCCUGCGAACUUCCGGCGAUGAUGGAGGAGUUCUUACCUCACUACACAACAUCAUUCUCCGAAGGUGCCUUCGUGGUAGCUGGGUUGAUCAACUUGAUGCUUCCCACAUCACCCCCUCCCGCUGAACGUAGCGACCUACUUCCUCAGAACUACCUGCCCACACACUUUCAUCUUUGGUCUCUUGUCGGUCGCUCGAAGACCUUCGACACGACAUACCUUGACUAUCUCUCGCGGCUGGCACGCGAUUCACUGCCAGCCAGUCAUAUCCCAUUUUCAGAGCAUGGCAUCUUUUCUAAGGAACAGUCCGCUCUCAUCUUCACCGCAGUUCUACGGUUGUUAGAGAUUCCUGUAGGGCAGUCUACUUCACCUUACAGUGCUUUGGUGGAUAUCUCGUCCGGUCUGGGCAUCAUGCUUGAUCGCGAUACGCGCAAGCACCCUGUGGCCCAUCAUAUUGCUCGAUGGAUAGUUAUGUCUCUUUCACCCGCAUGUCUGGAGUCAGAAGACUCGGUUCUGAGCCAACUUGAAGGUCUAAUCCAGGCCGUUGAGACCUUCUUCCACCCUUCCAACUCUGGCGCCUGGACAAGGACUUUGUCACAGCUAGUUUACUAUUUAACCGAUUUCUUUGUGAUGCGAUGGAACCGCGAACAGAGUGGGGAAAUGGAUAUCCCAGUCGAACGACGACUCAGCGAACCUCUGAAGCGUCGCUUUGUUUUGUGUUUGAGAGAUGCGAUCUUUAUGGGUAUCUACGCUAAAAGUAGUACCGCCAUGACAUUCUCCCUGUCUACCCUUCAAGGACUUGCCUACUUGGAGCCACACCUCAUCCUUCCCGGUGCUUUGCAAAGAAUCUACCCCUCCCUGCAAGGCUUGGUGGAAGUUCACAGAACCACUUCUUCACUGCGAGCUAUGCAAGUAUUGUCUCGGGUAAUUACACGCACCAAGGGAUAUCGUUGUCACAUGACGACUCUUCUCGGCCUUGCUUUGCCCGGUGUUGAUGCUAAUGAUCUUGAAAAAUCACUUCAUGCCCUUUCCUUUAUCCAAACUGCAUGCUAUAACAUCCCAAUGGUUGAUAUGACGAAGGGGAGAGAAGAUGUCAAUUGUAAUAUGCUGGCAGUUCAGUGGAUUACCGGUGAAAUGGAAAGAAUGGAAUCAGAAGGAUCCGAGGUACAGUUGAACUAUGACACUGAGCUGGACGAUGAAACCGAGGAAAUGAUUCUUCGUUCUUCGACCUGUGGGUUUGGAGAUUUCACAAUCUCAUUCCUGGGACGUGUUUUCACUCUUCUAGAGAAUCUUCCCGAUGUUACCAGGGUACGCAAUGGCUCACCAGAAGAGAACAUCGUCAAUACGCUUCCGGCCACUUUCAUGCCUCUUCUUGCAUCUCUUUCGCCUGAGUAUUAUGAUAUUGCCCUGGCAAAGAUCGUUGAUUUCGUAUCCAAUCAUGUCAUCCAUCAGGCACGAGAUGCCAUGGCCUUCAUUUGCAACGCAUUGUGCAAAGUCAAUCCCGAAAAGGCUCUCAAGUGUUUUAUCCCAGUGUUGACUCAAGGAAUUCGUACCGAGAUCGAGGAAAACGGGGCGGGUUCGACUAGAACAACCGGUACCGAUGUGCUUCCUCGUGAUCGUGGAUUGGUCUGGAAUGUUAGUAUGCUGAGCAUGUGUGUGGUUCAUGUCGGCGAUGCUGUUCUUGCUCACCGACAGGAGCUUUUCGACAUUGCAGUUUACAUGCAAAAGAUGUGCCGAGGCAUCCCAACCGUGCACAUCUCGAAUUACAUCCACCACCUCUUGCUUAACUUGACUGGGACUUACACUAGAGAUUACGCUAUGUAUGAACCGGCUGAUGUCGAGGGUGGCAUUCAGCCUAAGCACUGGACAUACAGGCUUGAUGUGAACAAACUCAACAUCCAGUGGCAUGUGCCCAAAAGGCAAGAGCUAGAGUUUGCCGUGGAAGUCUUCAAAAAUCAGGCUGAAACAGCACUGCGGCAUCUGUCUGGUUUGACAAAUGAGACCUCUAGCAUCAAACGCGACGGCAGCGGUAAGGAAUGGUCUGAUGAGGUUACUCGUAACCUUGUUCUUCUACGACUUCUUCUUUCCGGAAUUUCCGUUCUAUUUGAUCCUAAAGCCGCCUCGACAUCCUCCCCUGAGUUCUCAAAUGGCGCGUCUGUUGGCUCUAGCGAAUUUGAUAUGAUCGAUGACACGACUUCGAAUGGUGUUGGUGAAGAAGACGAAUUCCUUGACAGCUCUGAUGAAGCAACGAUCAAGGAAGGCUUCCCAUAUCCGACCGGAUACCCCCUUCAAGAAGGUGACGCCCUUUAUGACACUAUUCAUGAGAUUCGUGAACGAUCCGGUUGGGUUCUGCACUUGGUACACCGAUUCUUAUGUGAUAAUCAAGAAGACGAUGUGCCAUGUUUCGGUGCCCUCUUUUCGGCAUUCCGCUCUUGGUUUGUCGACGUUGGUAUUGAGAGAUCUGCUCAUGUUCUUGAUCGGGUAACCCGACUUUUGGCGGCAGACAUUCAUCCUUAUAAGAUGAGUGGCAUCAGGAAAGACUACCCAAGAGCUCUUCUCGUGCGCAGAGCCAAUGUCUAUCAUCUGCAACGUCUACGACACAAUGCCGCGCCUCGAUCACGGUCCAAGCUUGACGAACUCCUUCUUUUCGACAUUGCUGAGUCGUGUGUUUCUCUUUACACCGAGACGCGCCGUAAUGCCCAAAAUGCCGGCGAGUCGGCCCUCAAAUCUGUUUGGGGCGCACGAUCUCUGGUCAUCCCUCCUCUCCUAAAGGCUCUCCAGACUGGUGUUCAGCAGAAUGACCACGCGCGCAUUAAGGGUGCCCUAUUUUCAUUGCUGCUUAGUAGUGUCGCGAAGACAGCUGGACGGGACUGGAAGUAUACACCAACUUUGAUCCGCACUUUCCUCGAUGCUAGCGCAGUUGAUAAGCCAUCUGUACAGAAGAUUUGUUCCACUGCUGUUUUCCAGAUCAUGGAUUACGGUCGGUCCAUGGAGCGAAUGGCUAUCUUGGACCAGGUCAUUGUAGAAGCAAUUGCCCCUGCUGAAGAUGUUACUGCGCAGAUCGAGAAGAAGCGCAACUCCAUCAACAAAAAGCGAGCUACGAUCGAAAAGAAGAAAGCUGAUUUGGCCGAUGAAUUGGUGAACCUAGCUCGGAUUUCGCACUGGAAGAUUGCCAGCCGUGCCGCAACUAUUGUUAUUACCAUGGGAUUGCGGUUCGAUUACAUUGCCAGUGAAAACCUGAUCGAGUUGGUGACUCUUGGCUCCAUUGAUGACCACCCAGGCCUCCGCGGAAUGUACUCACAGGCACUUAUUGCUCUUUUUACCAUGAUUGAUGUUCGUGCCAUCUGCAGCCAUGAGUACAAGAACUACAUUCUUGGACACCAACGAUUCCCAACCAAGAUCAAGGUGGCAACCCGUCCAUAUGAGAAGGGUUGGACCCAGGAGUAUUUGACUAGUUUCGCCAAGCCCGAAGCCGACUACUAUGUUGAUCACGAUUUCCCUGGUUGGCUCAUCUGGGGCAAGACCAUGCCGGCGUACAAGUCUAAUUUGGAUCGAGAUGUUGAGUACGACGAAGUCGAGUGGAACGUGCGAACUCGAAUGGGUAAAUUAUUCACGCGCGACUGGUUCCACAAGUAUUUUGCCUACUUGAAGCAGGAGCCUAGAGAUCCCUCUGCUGACAAAUUCCGAAUGUCUUCCGCCAUGAUGCUUCUCUACGCCUUUGAGCUGAUGCUCCGAGACGGUCUUACCGCAGCCACCUUCAACGAGAUUCAAGAGGAGAUUAAGCUUGUUUUCGAAGAUGGCAGUGAUAAACAUCAACAUCGAGCCACAGCAGAAAUCCUCGGAGCCUUGAUUAGCUCUGUCACAGACACUAGUGUUGAAAGACGCACUUUUGUUUGGGAGUACGCUUUCCCCAUUGUGAGGAAGAUUUUCACCGAUGGUCUCACUCCUGAGAAUUCGGGAUACUGGACUACUUUCCUCCACAUGAUUCUUCAAUGCCGCGAUCCUCGUCGAGCUUGGCCUAUGGUUGACUGGCUGGCAAGCUUCCGCUUGGACAUGACCACCAAUGCGGCAUUCAAGGAAAGCUCCAAGAUCAAUCUUCUGCAUCAAUGCAUCAUUGAUUCCGGCUGGCACUUCCAGCUUGACAAACCAAUUGUCGAAAAUUUCCUGGCUCACCUGGACCAUCCAUACAAGGGUGUACGAGAGGCCAUGGGACAGACUCUAGCAACAAUUUACCGCACCAGAUACCACGAGUCAUACCCCGACCUCCAACACCUGUUGAAAGCCCAAAAUUCCGCUUCAUCUGUGGGCAGCUACCCGUAUGCUCCUUCUGAAGAAUUCUCAAAGAUGCUCCGUGGAGUAUUCGCCCAAAUCGAAGAGUGGCGGCAGGCGAGGACACCGGGUCAACAGACCCCAUCUUCAUACACCUCCGGUAGCAAAACAGUGCUUCUCUGGCUGGAUUCAACUCUAUCAUCUCAUGAGUGCACCCAAUUAGUCCCGUUCUUCCCCGAUGUGUUUACUGCCCAACUCUUACACAUGAUGGACGUUAAGGAAGAUCCCGAGCUACAGUCUCUGGCAUACCACGUUUUCCGCCAUCUCCCUAACAUCCCAUACCCUGCUGAGAAGAGUUCUGAGUUCAUCCAGUCUCUUAUCCGCAUUGGACAAACCUCACCUUCGUGGCAUCAGCGUCUGCGUGUCAUGAUCAACAUUCAAAUCAUCUACUUCCGCCGACUCUUCCUGUUGGAUUCUGCCGAUCGUGAUAAGCUUUUCGAGUGUAUCGCUUCCAUGCUUGAGGAUUCUCAACACGAGGUCCGCGCCGGUGCAUCGGCCACUCUGUCUGGCAUGAUCCGCUGCUCUCCGGUGUUCCUACGCGAUAAGAUGGUUCACCGCUUCCAGGAGCGCUUCACCCGACUCCUCGCAGAGAAUCCUCUCCCCAAGAAGCCCAAAAACUUCCGAUCUGGUCUUUCGUCUGUGGUAUCAUCCGGCGCGGGCACACCUACUCCCGAGCACAACCGUCUGGUAAUUGUUCGACACGGUGCCGUUUUGGGCUUAGGUGCCCUUGUCCAGGCGUUCCCUUACAACAGCCCGCCCCCACACUGGAUGCCUGAUGCGUUAACUACACUCAGCAUUCGUGCUGCUCACGACCCAGGUGUUGUGGGAUCGAGUGUGAAGUCGAUUAUCAGCGAGUUCAAGAAGACCAGACAAGAUACAUGGCACAUUGAUGCCAAGGCUUUCACUUCCGAUCAACUCGAGGAUCUAUCAGGUGUUCUAUGGAAGAGCUACUUUGCUUAA